AUGCCUGAAGAAAUUUUGAAUAUAAGAGAACUCAGGAAAAUAUAUCCCUUUUUACACAAAGUAUGGGAAUUAUAUGAAAGUUUUGAUGAAUAUGUAGAUGAGAAUAGACAGAACAGUAAAGAUACAAACCAUUGCAAAUUCAUUACAAACUACUUGGGUGAUGAUGAAAGGAAAUAUAAACUUUUUUGUAUGAAACUUACAAGAAAUUUGAAAAAAUUUUGCAAGAAUGAUCUUCAUUAUCAACAUGAUCCUGAACUUUGUGUUAAUUUAAAUAACUGGUUAUAUAAGUACGUUAAAAAGGAAAAUAUUGAUAAUACGUUUAUUAAAAAUAUGUUAGAUACCUCUAAACUAGUAAUGCCCUCAUCAUAUAAUAAAAAUAUAUGCCAAUAUUAUUCAUACGAUGAAAUUUAUAAAGAACCAAUAAAUAUAAUAACUUUGAAUAUUUUCACAUCCAAUAUGGAUGCUAUUAAAACAACGUUAAAGGGUGAUAAAAAUUUAAUCUAUUGUUAUUGUCAAAAGUAUGUCAACGAAGGGGUAAAAAUAUAUAAACAUAUGAUGGGCAAGUAUUGCUCUAAUGGUAAGUCCCAUGAUAAUAAAAGAACUUGUGAUAUGUUAGAUUCCUUUAAAAUAGCAUAUGAUGGAUAUCUUUAUAAGGAAACAGACAUUCAGAACAAUAUACCAUCAUUAUAUUCUAACGAAGCUUUAGAAUCAAUCGUAUGCGAAAAAAAUGAUAUAAAAGAAUCACCAGAACUCAUUUUUGCUAACGUACUCCAAACAGAUGAUAUAAAAGAAUCAUCAGAAUUCAUUUUAGAUAACGAUUCAACGAACUCCACGCAAGACACUGUGUAUAAAGUUCUUGCUACAAUGGCUGGAAUAUCUUCCAUUUUAGCGUUAUUAUAUAAGGUUAACGUAAUUUUUAUUUUAAAAUAUUACCAAAAUAUUUACAAAAAUAUUCACUUUACUCCAGCUAGGAAUUUUUUUCUGCAAAAAAAUAAAAAAGGGGCAAGAGUGUUUAAUACUUUAAAGGAAGAAGCUGAAAGUGAGUUAUUUCAUCAAAACCUGAAAGACAUAGAUAUAAAUAAGUCAAACAAGAAAUAUAAAUUAUUAUAUGACCCAGCAGGAAAUGAAAAUAUGUCAAUGGAAAUGCUUUUUUGGCACCAUUAA